GAGUGCGCGGCUCGGUGACGCUCCGCUGCUCGUUCCUCUAUGUGAUGGUGCUUUCACUGACCGUCUGCAUGGUGACGCUUUUUCUGUAAAAGGAGGAGGAAAGUUAGUUUAACUUCCAAGGCCUAUUGAAGCUGUGAGAUCUACACUGUCAGAGAGAGAGAGAGAGAGAGACAGAGAGAGAGAGAGGGGAAGGUGGCAGCAGGAUGAAGUCCAAAGGGAAGGCUGUGAAACCAUCCAGGAGGACCUGGUCUGACCCGGAGCCAGAACUAGAAGCAGACACAGAACCAGAGCCUGGCUCUAGUGAGCAGGAAGGCUCAGAGGCCUCAGUGCGGAUCGGCGGCUCCUGGAGGGGGUCGCUGAGGAGCGGGGACAGGAAGCGUCAAGGAGGAGUGGGUGGAGGGCGGCGGCGGAGACAACAUGGCUCCAGCACCAAAGAACGCAGCGUCCGCCGACUGGAGAGCAACGAGCGGGAACGCCAGCGCAUGCACAAACUCAACAACGCCUUCCAAGCGUUGCGCGAGGCCAUCCCUCAUGUGAAGACUGACAAGAAGCUGUCCAAGAUCGAGACACUGACCCUGGCUAAGAAUUACAUCAAAGCUCUGACCACCAUCGUCCUGGACAUGUCAGGGGCCUGCCUGCCGGCCGGCGGGGUCCAAUCAGAGGCCAGCGCCGCCAAGCUUCUCCAGUGCUACCAACAGCACCUGGAGGAGGAAGGGGAGGAGGGUCUCACCCAGUAUCUCACCCACAUGCACAGCUUCAGCCAGGGCAGCUAACAGUGGCUGCAAGGUGGUUCGGAGACCAGGAGAGCACACGGAGGCUGGUCUCCACGGCAGAAAGGUGUGUGUGUGUGUGUGUGUGUGUGUGGAGAGAGACUUCUAGGGCCAAAUCUGAAACUAUAGCCAGUUCCUACGGUGCUCACGCUGCUCUGAGGUCUGGUCAGAAGCGGUGUCUUCUGUAGGAACCAGGAGCUGUUCCACAUCUGUGGUGUCUGACAAUAAACACAUGCUUGAACAUUCAAGAGGUGAUAUGUCGAGAACUUUCAGGACCGUUCGCCUCGCAGACACAAAGUGUGCAGACUGGACAUGGACCGUGGUUGUGAAGUGAAAAGACUCAUUUGUUAUUGUACUCAGAGAGGAAGGGCUAAUCUUUCACCAUUCUGCCUUUUUUUUUUUUUUCUUCUUCUUCUUCUUGUCGUCGUCUAUGGUUUGAGCUGAGGCAGGGACUUGUUCUCCUUUGUGUUAUCUUGUGAUCUCGAGUAUUUUCUGUUGAGAAACCUGCUCUAGUAGCCUCUAGUCAUAACUGUCACAUUCAGGAAGAAAAAAAAAAAAAAAGAAGGCAAG